AUGAACAGCACCGACCUGAAAUACAGCAAAAUCAGGACUCUGUUGAGAAACGAAAGACGUCUGCUCCUUAUUCCGUUUUCGGUACACACGCUACACAAGUUGAUUCUACUUCUGGCUCUAUUUGAUUCUGGAGAAAGCGAACGUGAAACGAUGGAUGCUAGGGUUUCUGCUCGGUGUGUUUGCUUUGAAAAGAGAGAUUGCCAUCUUAAGGAGCUUCUCCAACAUGCUUUUGAUCUUGGUAGAGGCUCACAAAGGACGAAUCAAAAAGCGCAAGCUCAACACCGAGCUCUUGAGAGGUAUAUUCCGAGAUAUCGUGAUGUGGAGGAUAGCUUGGAAUCCUAUGUCAAGAUUGAGUCUUCUGCUGUAUAUGAUGGAGAUAAGGAAAAGCUUUUCGUUUGGCCUUGGAUGGGGAUUGUUGCAAACAUUCCAACUCAAGUGAAGGACGGACGUCGUGUUGGAGAAAGUGGCUCAAAACUCAGAACAUUUUUAGAGCAUGAAAAGGCCACACAACAAUUACUAGCUAAGAAAGAAGAAUUAAACCAGCGUGAGAAGAAACUGCAGCAACGCGAGGUGCAGAAUGAAAACGAGAGGUCGAAACUUCUGCUUGAGCCAAAAAUGAUGGAAAAGGAGAAACUUUACAAGAAAAUAAUUGAACUGGAGAAUAAACUAGAUGCUAAACAAGCACUCGAGUUGGAGACAGAGUGCAUGAAGAGUGCUUUGCAAGUAAUGAAACACUUGGGAGAAGAGGGAGACCUGGAUGUCAAGAACAAAAUAGAUACUGUUCGACAGGAAUUGAAGGAGAAGGAAGAAGAAUUAAACGGAUUGGAGGAACUUAAUCAGGCUCUUAUCAUCAAAGAGCACAAAAGUAAUGAUGAAUUGCAGGAAGCUCGUAAGGAUUUAUUCAGUGUAAGUACCUAA